GGAGCUGCUCAGGACCUUGCCAUAAUCUUGGCACUAAGACAAUUUACCAGCGUCUUAGCUCCCCUCGUACCGUCUUGAGUCCUCCUUGCCAGCUCCCCAGGAGCUGUAAGACGUUGACUGACGCCUCGCCGGUGUGUUUAAGACGUUGAUUGACGUCUUGCCGUGCUGUGUAAGACGUAUAAGGAUGUCCUUGUGAGCGUGAGGUAGCGAGACGCAGGUUGUUAGCGCUGAGGUCGCCCCAGGCAGGGAUCCCUGCUGUCUGGUCUCCCCGCGAUUCUGACUGACGGCCACAAAACCAGGAUUUACACUUUCAGUACCGUCUCUGUCGCAGACAUGCAGUUUGCCAACAUCAAGUACGAGUUUCCCCCCUUCAUACGGCAAGAAGCCUUGUUGGCAGAAGCCUACACACACGGGGUGUCGUUACCAGAGCCGGUGCACAGUACGAUAAAGGGCGACCCGGGCGCGCUGCUGGUCGCCGCGCAGGAUUGCAUCAUCACUUUCACUAACUUUCACUUCCCUCCCGCCACAGUGUCGUUACCUGAGCCGGUGCACAGUACGAUAAAGGGCGACCCCGGCGCGCUGCUGGUCGCCGCGCAGGAUUGCAACGGCAGCUUCGAGAACAUCCCUGUCAAGCGGAAGAAGGGUCCGGCGCCCAGGCUGACGGAGCCGGAGCUAUGUCGGGUCUGCGGCGACCGGGCGUCCGGGUAUCACUACAACGUUCUCAGCUGCGAGGGCUGCAAGGGGUUUUUCCGUCGCAGCAUUACGAAGAACGCAGUGUACAAGUGCAAGUACGGCGGGAAGUGUGAGAUGGACAUGUACAUGAGGAGGAAGUGUCAGGAGUGUCGGCUAAGGAAGUGCAGGGAGGUCGGCAUGCUCGAGGAAUGUUUGUUAUCGGAGGAUCAGAUCAAGGCGAAACGGCUGCGCAGACAGAGCACGGACCCCGCAUCUCCUGCCGCGGCCGCCACGCCAACGCUUCCCGCGAAAAUGUCGCCGGAACAGACGGAGAUCGUAGAACAGCUGCUGAAGGCGCAGAGGGAGGUCCUGCACCCGAGUAAGGAGGACGUGGAGAAGGUCACGCCGUGGCCGAAUGACUCAGACCAGUCGAAGGAGGCAGCAGAGGCGAGGUUCUCCCACUUCACAGACCUGACCAUCCUGGGGGUGCAGGCCAUCGUGGAGUUCAGCAAGCGGAUCCCGGGGUUUCUGAGACUCACACGGGAGGACCAGAUUGUGCUGCUUAAGUCUUCAGCCAUCGAGAUUCUGGUUCUGGACGUUGCCAGGAGAUACGAUGAAAAGAUGGACAUGUUGUACUUCUGGAAUGGGCUCCCGUACAGCAGACACAACUUCAAACACGCAGGGUUGACGGAGCUGGUGAAUCCGAUGUACGAUUUCUCCAAGAGAAUCAGGAACGUCCACAUCGAUGACACGGCUUACGCCAUCCUGGCCUCCAUCAUCGUGCUCUCCCCAGACCGUGCUGAUGUAAGCGACCACCACACUGUAGAAAAGAUGCAGGAGGUGUUCCUCGAGACUCUCCAGGCGUACAUCAAGACGACGAUGCCCUCGGACCGGCUCCUCCUGCCCCGGAUCCUGAUGAAGCUGACUGACCUGCGAGCCAUCAACAACACCCACUGUGAGCAGCUCCUCGCUCUCAAGGUGGAGAACCACAAGAUUCCACCCCUCCUCUCAGAGAUAUGGGACGUUCCACAGUAGCUGCAGCCAACCAGAAGGCUCCCAUUGGGCGCUUAGACUUUACAGUAGGGGGGAUUCCGUCAUAUGUUAUAAUAAUCAUUCUUCCAAUGCUCCAAAAAUUGGGGAAGAUGUUAGCUAUGUACAUAAUGGUCACAGGUUGAUUCGGAAACUUCUGCGAGUUUUUGUUUUGCCGUUUGUUUUUUUGUCGUAUUUUCCUCCCUAUGUCUGUGUUUGAUUCCACUUCUUUUAUCGAGUUUUUCUGUGUAAAAAAAAUGCUGUCAUAUUUGAGUAUCCAACCUCAUUUAGGUGUAGAGGAGCACUCUCCUAAUCAAGUACAAGUGGUCAAAUUAGAGUUUAAAUUAGAUCGUGGGUUUUUACUCGAUGUUAAAGCUUCUUAAAAACUGAUGUUCAGGCGUUAACUUCAUCUUUAGGUGUUGACAUGUUCCCAUGGCAACUAUCACCCUGGUAACUACAGCAAAGAGGGCAUAUCUGCAGCACAUAAAUGAUACAUGAUAUUGAAAAAUAAAGACUUUUUACAUGGUAAACAGUAUUGAAAUGCAUGCGAGCUGUACAUACGAACAAAUCAGUGUCGAGUUGUAAUCACACAACACCCCUUUACUUUGCUGCAAUGGUACAGUCCCCCGACCCUUGUACCCCAGAAGGAAAGUGCUCAAACUAUUAAAUACUACUAUUAUAUUAGGUGUUAUUUUUAAAAGAAUGAAAUUAUAAAUAUCUAUUAGCUGUUCUGUUUUAUGUAUUAAUCUUACAUUAAUUUUGAGUGACUCUUAGUAAAUUAGUGAACUCUAUAAGAAGGGAAUGUAUUGUACAUAUUGGUGAUGAAGGCUCAGAUUUUGGGGCGUGAAAAUUUGUUAGGGGCGUCUUGCAGAACUAGAAAUUGCACCACAAUCAGCGUAACUAGGGCCGUACCAAAUUAAUUUGUUGGUUCUCUCACAUAUAGAAAAAAAUGUGCAGAACUAAAAGAACAUAGGAUGAAGGAGAAUUCUUGUUACACAAUUAAUGGGUACUUACAUAGCCUACCACUGGUUGUGUCACAAGAAUUCUGCUUCAUCCUAUAUUAAUUCUACCAACCUGAUGAAACUAAUUUCGGAUGAAAGAACAUAAUAAGAUUGACGCCUUCACACAUGUUGUUCGGUAUGCCUUGAUUCACUCUGUUUUCUCCAAGUUUUCCUCCCUACCCUCUGGUUUUAUCUGCUUGCUAUAUAUAACACAUUAAGACAUUGGAGAACCAAGGAAAUAUUUUGGUAUGGCCUGACAGUAGGAUACCCACAACUAUAGCCCGCCUCUGUAUAAGGUGUGGCCUGUAUUACAGAUAUUGUGUAUAAUGCAAAUUUAUUCUAAUGAUGGAUAAAUGAUAUAUAGGAAAUGGUUAUACACGAGAGUGGAUAUCGUGGAACAAAAAAGUGUGAAUAUAAAUGAGUAGUUUUGUAAAAUAAAAA